AUGAGUAACCGAAAGAACACAGCGGCCAGUUUAUUACUGAGACAAUACCGGGAGCUUACAGACCCGAAAAAGGCGAUUCCGUCAUUCCACAUCGAGUUGGACGAUGAUUCUAACAUUUUUCUGUGGAACAUCGGUGUAAUGGUACUGAACGAGGACUCUAUGUAUCACGGGGGAUAUUUUAAAGCGCAGAUGCGAUUUCCAGAAGAUUUCCCGUUUUCUCCGCCGACUUUCCGUUUCACGCCGGCGAUUUAUCAUCCAAAUGUGUACCGUGACGGACGACUUUGCAUCUCGAUAUUGCAUACAAGCGGGGAUCCGACGUCUGACGAGCCCGACUCGGAGACAUGGUCACCGGUGCAGACUGUUGAGAGCGUUUUGAUUUCGAUAGUCUCAUUGCUGGAAGACCCGAAUAUUUCGAGUCCUGCAAACGUGGACGCGGCUGUCGAUUACCGAAAAAACCCGGAACAGUACAAGCAGCGCGUCAAGUUGGAAGUGGAACGGUCUAAGCAGGACAUCCCCGAGGGGUUCGUGAUGCCCACGUCACAAACCGCAUACGUGUCGCAACGACACGCAGAACCAGAAGAGUCACGCGAUCUCGGAGACAAUUUCUGGUAUGACAGUGAUAUCGAUGAGGACGACGAGGACGACGCGGGCAACAUCUACAGUUACGAAGACGAGGACGACGAUCAGGACAUCCAGUUCGAGGACGACGAGAACGACAUAGACGAGGAUGAUGAUGUAAGCGUGGAUAACGAUAGCGUCAUGGAUCGGAAACAACCAUGCAAGGCCGAAGACGAAAGUGACGACCUAGAGGAAGACGUCAAACUUGGGAAUAAGUGA